AUGACUGACGUCCCACCAACCGAGUCCAUUCCCAAACCAGAGGAACCUAAAGAACCACAACAGUCUCCUCAGCAACUUCAGUUCCAGCAAGUACCUCCGAAUUACUACCAAUUUCCACCUCAAGGUUACUACCCACCACAAGGCUUCCCGAACUACCCUCCUCAGCCUAUGCCUUACUUCCCCAACCCUUGGUUGUUCCAGCAAGCUCCACCCCAGCAAUUCCAAUUCCAAUCUCAAUCGAAGAGAGACCAAGACUUCGAAGAAGGUCUGAACCGCUUACGCAAAGAGUAUGCUACAGCUCCAAUUGAGAGAAAGUUGUUCCCGGACCAAAAAAUAUAA